AUGCAGACUGCUUCUACAAACAUUUGUGAAAGAAUGGGUCGCUCUCAGGAGCUCAGUGAACUCAAGCAUGGUACCGUGAUAGGUUGCCACCUGUGCAAUAAGUCCAUCCAUGACAUUUCUUUACUACUAAAUAUUCCACGGUCAACUGUUAGUGAUAUUAUAACAAACUGGAAGCAACUGGGAACAACAGCAACUCAGCCACCAAGUGAGCAGGGUCAGUGCAUGCUGAAGUGCAGAAGAUGCCAACUGUCUGCAGAGUCAAUAGCUAAAGACCUCCAAAAUUCAUGUGGCCUUCAGGUUAGCACAACAACAGUGCGUAGAGAGCUUCAUGGAAUGGGUUUCCAUGGC